AUGUCCACCACCGACAACAACGACUCCCCCCUCUCCAUCACCUCCUCCAUCACCGGGAUCCUCACCUUCCUCGUCGCCAUAACCGCCACAAUCUGGCUCCGCAUCUCCGCCAUCCGCACCGCCGACACCGAGUACUCGCGCGUCAAAACCGCUCUAAGCUGGUACAAAACCGAGUCAGAAUGGAUCCACGACCUGGUCGCCACGCAGCGGGACGCCCAGGACCGGACGCGGGGGAGUUUCGAUGGGUUUUUUUUGGAUAAGGACCUAGCGUGGAGGGAGAAGGGGAGGGGGAGGCAGAGGGAGACGGAGAUGUAUGUUUUUGUGCUUGAUCAGCUUGGGACGCUGGAGGAGAGGUUGUUGGAGAUGGUGACGGCGGUGGAGGUUAGGGCGGAGGGGAGCUGGAGGGAGUGGCAGGGGGAGGGGCAGGGGGGUGGGUGGGGGGGAGGCGCGAAGAGGUGGUGGAGGAGGACGAGGAUUGGGGUUUAUUGGUUGCCGGUUAGGACGAAGGCGUUGGAGCUGGUGAGGCAGAGGGAUGCGUUGGGGAACAGGGUACUGUUUGCGCAGUUGGCUAUGGUUUCUUCUAGGUUGGCGGAUGGGGAGGAGAGGGCGAAUAGGCAGGAUGAGAGGAUUAGGGAGUUGUUGGAUACGGUGAGGUCUUUUGAUGAGAGGUUGCCGUGAGGUGGGUUGGAAAAGGAUGGAUGGAUUUGGCGUUUGGGUUGGGACAUCAACAAUCAUGGAGUUGUUGUAUGAUAUAGAAGGUAUGUGGCAUACUAUAUGAUAUUCUCAUAUAAUAACCGAGCAAGUCAAGAGGGAGAGCACGUGGCAUAUAUCCUUUUAUAUAUAGUUUGGCAGCUGGUGUUCUUAAAUUCGUCAUUGGAAGGUCUGGCAAUCAUUAGCUGGCCGUUUGCUGGAACUGAUGGAGAACGAUUGUUUGAGCAAAGACUGAUGCUGGGCCUUGUUUGUGGCAUAGACAUGUUAGGUGUAUCCCCAUGAAACCAAGCAUCAGUCCUGCCAGACAAAAUGAAUCCAUCCGUGGUCCUGGCGCAAAUUCAUAUAGAAAUAUGCCAAUUUGCGCAAAACCGGCCUCAGGUUCACCUGAUCGGCCCAUAUCAAGUCUUCUGGGAGCAGUUAGUUGUUCCGUAAUCACAAAGUAUAGCCCGUAUACACCGCUCAA